AUGUCAAUUUUAGAUUUAUUUGCUUCUAUUGUUGUAUUAUUCAUUCUAAAGUUUUAUUAUGACUAUUUCACUCGUUCAACACCAUAUCCAGGCCCACUUCCUUUACCUAUCAUAGGUAACCUACAUCAAUAUUACUAUCAUAGUAAUGAUUUUUUAUCUUGGCUUCACCAAUUAAGUUCGAAAUAUGGAGAUAUAUUUGAAUUGUACUUUGGAUCUUGUAGAUAUUUAAUGAUUAGUGAUCCACGAAUAGUUGAAAGAGUUAUGAGUCCAGUAAAAGAUAGUAAUUAUUUUGUGCGUGUUACUGCAAAAGAUGGUUUAGAUGAAUUAAAGAAAGGCAAUAAUGGAUUAUUAUUUAACGUAGAUUUCAAUUCUUGGUCUUAUAUUAGAAAAUUUUUUAAGGUGAUAAUGACACCUAAUAAUUUAAAAUUGGAAAUAUUAAACAAUGUUUUUCAAGAUUUAGAAAGUUAUUGGAAUUGUUUGAUUGAAGAACAUGGACAAUUUCUGAAUGAUGAACAGGAAAAAUCAAUAGAAAUUGAAUUUGUACCUUGGAUUAGAAAAUUUUUUGCAGAAACAAUAAUGCUUUUAACAGCAAGCAAGAAGCUUGAAUUAUUAUCGAAUCAUUAUAAUAGGAUUACAAAGAAUUUCAACAAUAGUCAAGAUUCAAAUGAAGAAUUUUUGGAUCGUAUAAUUCUUGCUUCUGAGUGUGUGCAAUAUUAUUUAGUGGUUCCACCAUUUUUACGUAAUUUUCCACUUAUAAAGUUUUACACAAAUUAUCUAUACAAGAAUAUGUCCUGGACAAGAAAUUACGCUUGUGAUAUUGUCAAAGAAAAUAGAAAAAAAAUUGAAUCCAUUGACGAUAAAGAGAAAUUGACGUUUGAUAUUUUAAAUAUGUUAUUAACUGCAAAUACACCAAAAGACAUUACUCGAGGCAUUUCUAAUGAUGACAAGAUUCCCAUGACUGAUGAAGAAAUUGCUGAUAAUAUGGUGGAGAUACUUAGUGAAGGAAUUGAUAGCCCUGCAAACACUCUAUUAUUUAUUGUUUAUUAUGUUGGAAAUCAUUUGGAUGUUGAGAAACUUAUUAUUGAUGAAAUUGAACGAGUAUUUGGUCAUGGAUCUGAUUUUAAUAUUACCUAUGAAGAUUUAAGUAAACUUGAAUAUAUCGAAGCUGUGAUAAAAGAAG